AUGUCUAACAACGAAUGGCAAGUUUUGAACGUCGUCAAGACACUCGAUGAAGUUACAGCACUAGUACAACAACAUCAAGUAUCGAAAUUUCGUACGUCUAAUUUAAAAACUUCUACUAAAUAUUCGUAUCGAUGUAGUCAAUAUCGGAAGUAUCCAUUGUGUCGGUAUGACAUACACGUUAAUAUUCUAGAUAAUAAUCCAGAUGAUAUCAAAAUACUGUCAAAAAAUGUACAUUCACAUCAACAACAUAAUACAACAACCCGUUUACCUUCUUCUGUUCGUGAAUCAGUUGCAAAAUAUGUUAAAUGUGAUCUUACACAAACUCAAAUGAAAUCUGCAUUAUCUAUUGAUCAUUCAAAUAUUCCAUUACCAUCAAGUCAAUUAUCGAAUAUAAUCAGAUAUAAUCGACGGAAAAACAAUCCAGAAAUAUUUUACAAGUAA